UGAUACAGCAAUUCGAUAAAAAAAAAUAACAAAAUAAUAAAAAUCAUGCAGUUUCUUUGUUUGAGAAAUUCUUUUUCGAUUAUUAUUUUUUCAUUUGUUGUAAUAAACAGUAGUUACAUAUGGAGUGUAGCAGCACAAGAUACUCCACGAUUUCGUGCAUUGUUCGCCUAUGGUGAUUCUAUGGUAGAUACAGGCAACAAUAAUUUUACUUUAACAAUUAUGAAGAGUAAUUUCGCCCCUUACGGCGUUAAUUUAGGGGUUGCAACCGGAAGAUUUUCUAACGGGAGAAUACUAUGUGAUCAUUUAGCGGAUAGAUUAGAAAUUAAUCUAGCAAAAGUGCCCCCUUAUUUACAACCAGAUAUAUCACCUGAAGAUUUCAUAAAGGGAAUAUCAUUUGCUUCAGCCGGCGCAGGAUAUGAUAUUUUAACAUCUACGUCAAGGUCAUCGAUAUCGUUAGCUGAUCAGUUAAAAAACUGGCAAGAAUAUAGAGGAAAGUUGAUAGCACGUAUCGGAGACGGUGCAGCGGCGACAUUGGUUGCCAAUACAAGUUUACAUUUGGUGGUAGCAGGAACUGAAGACAUUGUGAGUUAUUUUGGUUCAAACAGUCCUAGAAGAUCACAAUAUGAUUUGGAUGCUUACACUAAUCUUAUGUAUGACUCCGCUGCUAGUUUCCUCCAAGUGUUAUAUGAGAAUGGAGCAAGAAAUAUUGGAGUUGUGGGUGUGCCACCAGUUGGAUGCUUUCCGACGCAUAGAAAUGAGGCAGGCUGUGCAGGAAAUAUGAACCAAGGAGCAGAAUUAUUCAACUCCAAAUUGUCUGAAAGAAUUCCUGAGCUUGCUACUCGAUUAAAAAAAAGCAAGAUUUUCUACAUGGAUUUUUAUGGAGUUUAUGUCGACACCAUAACGGAUCUUAAAACUUGGGGUUUUUCUAAUGCAAAUCAAACAUGCUGUAAAACAGGAAAUAAAGAUGUGUCGUACUUGUGUGAUAAAGAAAAUCCAACCACUUGUGCUUUUAAAGAAUUUCCUCAUCAUUUUUAUUGGGAUGGCUUUCAUCCCACAGAAUAUGGACAUAGGAUGCUUUCUAGAUUCAUCCAGCCAUAUAUUGCUCUAUACGAGUAAAAUUUGGAGUCGAAAAAUCAGAAAACGCACACGAACAUCUCAACUAGGUUGUUACUCUUUUAGUGUAUACUGCUGUCUGCUUACUCUUUGCCUAUUUUUAUUUCUGUUUUGCAAAAUAUUUCAUCCACCUCUUGAUUUAAUCGAACCUAAAAUUCUCAAAUCAAAUUAUAAUAAUUUUUUUUUCA